UGUUUGAAAUGCCUCUUUAUAGAAAAUUUGGGAGAAAAUACAGACUCUGGGCCUCACUGGUGGCAAAUGGAGCUUUUAAAAGACCACAGGUGACUCUGCUAUACCAUCUAGGAAUGAGAUCCACUGAUCCAAUGCCCCACUGAGCAUAAAACUGAGGUGUAAAUAGUUGAAAGACUUUCCAAAGGACAGAACAAAGGCUGAAAUUCAUGUUUCUUGGCUUCCAGUCCUGUGUUCUUUCUUAUAUAUCCUUUAAAGGAAUUUCCUAGAUAAGAAACCUUACCCUCUUAAACACCUAAAACUCUUUGUCAGCAAACUGCACAAGGCCUGUGCCCCGGAAGCAGUUGCUUGUUGAGCGCUUUUGGGCCGAUUUCGGAGACUGUUAAGGGAGUUGUCGCCAUGUUCCUGUCCGCGGUCACCUUUGCCAAGAGCAAGUCAAAAACCAUUCUGGUGAAAAUGCUAAGCCAAGCUGGGACAGGUUAUUCCUUCAACACUAAGAGAAGCCGACUACGGGAGAAACUGACUCUCUUACAUUAUGAUCCAAUUGUGAAAACAAAAGUCCUCUUUGUGGAACAGAAAAAAAUACGCUCCCUCUAAACAAUGGAUUGAAAAUGAAUUUGAUUUAUAAAUGAGAAGACUGAGGGCGGGAUACUGAUUCAGAAAUUCUGCAGCGUGUAAUAAAAGAAGAGGAAAUGGCACGGAAUCACUGCCUCCUGUGAUUUGAAGGCCAUUGUGAAGGAAAACAAUGGACUGAAAGAAAGUUCUUCAUAUUAGGACAUAUAUCAUUGCAUCACAUUUAUUUAUCUUUCUGGAUAUUUUUAUAGCCCUUAAUAAAAAAUAUUAAAAUAGCGUG